AUGGCCGAUGCAGAUUCGGAAACAUCUGGGACCAAAUCUGCUCCCAUUAUUAUUCAAUCUGAAGGUUCAUCGUUCAAGGCAGGGAUUGUACUCGAUGAAACAAACUAUGAUUUGUGGUCUCAAAUCAUGGAGAUGCAUAUUGCUGAGACGGAGAAACUCUCUUUCAUUCGUGGUAAUUCACAGCCACCGACUGAGAAGGAUGAUAAGUAUGAGAAGUGGUAUGGAGACAAUCAAAGGGUCAAGAGAUGGCUGUUGAUGUCUAUGUCCCCAGAAAUUAUGAAGCGAUACAUUCGCUUACCCACCGCUCGAGAUAUUUGGAAAGCUCUUUCUAAAGCGUUUUAUGAUGGAGCAGACGAAUUGCAGGUGUUUGUCUUGAAUCAGAGGGCUUUCUCUGCCAAACAGAAUGGCAGAACACUCUCUGUGUAUUAUGGAGAAUUAACUGAGAUUUUUGGUGAGUUGGAUCAUCGUGAUAAGGUGAUCAUGGAGAGUGAGAACGAUGUUGAAUCUUACCGAAAAUCAGUUCAGCAACAAAGGGUGCAUAUUUUUCUUGCUGGAUUAGAUGGUGAAUUCGAACAAGUCCGUGGUGAAAUUUUGAGGAAGGAUCCUAUUCCCAAAUUAGAAGCAUGUUAUGCAUUGGUCCGCUGUGAAUCUGUUCGAUGUGCAACGAUGAUUGAAGAACCAGAAAAGACUGAAGCUUCAGCCAUGGUGACUCGAUACCGGUCUAAUCAGAACCGACCUUCUCAAGGCCAGCCUAAAACCACUGAUGGUGCUGAUAAAUCCACCUACAAAUGCACCCAUUGCAAUCAAAUUGGUCAUACCAAAAGUCACUAUUUUGAACUUGUGGGGUAUCCAGAAUGGUGGGAUCAUAGCCAUGAUUCAUGGAAGAGGAAUUCCAAGAAGACCUCCAGCGCUGCGGUUGUUGAAACAAAGACAAUGGAUGAUGUUGCUGGACAACUCUCAGCAUUAGCAGCAGUGGCAGGUAAUGGUGGUAAGGUUUUAAAUAUGUCUACACUUGUUUCUAAUAGUGCAUGGAUAAUUGAUUCCAGUGCUAUGGAUCAUAUGACAUUUGAUUCUAGACAGGUCUCACCCCUUAAAUCGUCGUCACAAAAAUUUGUUUCCACUGCCAAUGGCUCUUCGACCCCAGUUAUUGGAGAAGGGCCCUUACCUCUCACUGAUACUUUGAAUCUAGAUUCUGUUUUAGUUGUUCCAUCUUUGGAUUACAAUUUGUUGUCAGUUUCCCAAAUCACCACUGCCUUACUUUGUGUUGUAAUUUUUUGGCCUGAUUUUUGGUGUUUAAGGACAUCUGAACGAGGCAAACGAUUGGUUGUGGUGUUAGACGAGGAAAGUUGUAUUACUUGGACUUGGUGUCAAAGAGUUCGGACAAGCUGCGUCAAGCUCUAA